AUGGUUGUCGUUAUUUGGGGAUGGCAAGAAAACAAAUUUACAACAUUAAAUGAAAUCAUAUUAUUCGAUUUUAUAGAAGAUAAUAAAAAGUUAUAUUUUAAAAUUUUCGAAAAUGAAAGAAAAAAAGUGUACAGUACAAUUAAUGUAAUAGGUAGAAAAAUGGAUCAUAAUAUAAAUAAUAACAAUAGCAAUAAUAGUAAUAAUAAAUUUAUUUUAUCAUCAAAUGGUUCACAAUGGUUUAAUUUAAAUAAAGGAAUUAUAAUUGUCGAAUGUGAAAAUGAUAUUUUUUUGAUCGAAGAAAUAGAUUUAGGGAAAUUUCCAAUACUGGGGCCAUAUAUCAAAAAUGAAGAAUUUAUGGGAACAUCAUUAUUAGAAAAUAUUUCAACUAUAGAAAAACAAGCACAAUCUAUUUAUUCAAUGAAAUCAAAUCAAUUAAAUGGUGAAACAAUGGAUAGAAAAUAUAAAUCAACUUUAGAUGAUUUUAGAGAAUCAAUUGUUCAAUUAGAAAAACAUUGUAAAUAUUUAUUAAAAAGGGUUAAUUUAAUUAACCAAUCUAUCAAAUAUAGUGUAAUAAAGUCAAUUAAAUUUUUAUUAAAAGAAAUAAAGUUUGAAUAUUAUCAUGGUGAUAUCAACAUAAAGAGAAUAGAACUAUUUUCACAAUUAAAGAAAUAUUUAAAAAUUCACUUUUGGAGCAAUAACCUAUCAUUAAUAAAUAGCAAUGUUAAUGACAUGUCAGAUAGCAACGAUAGUAUUAGUAGUGUUGAUGAUAGCAAUUCACCAUCCAAUUUAAACUCGUCCCUAUCAUCAUUUCCUUCGAUUUCAUCACCAAGCAACUCAUCCUUUAAUAAUAUAAAUGCUCUUACUUUUAGCAAUAACAAUCAUUUGAAUGGAAAUUAUAAUAUCGACGAUACAUCAAGCAACUAUACAGACUGUACCAAUACAACAAACUCGACAACUACUACCACCACUACAACUACAACAACACCCAAUAAUAAUUUUAACUAUAAUACAUCACUUAGCAACAGUGGCUGCAAUACCCCAACUGGAAAAAAACUAUCACUAAAGAAAAUGGGCAAAACACCAUCAUUCAAAAUACAACUAAUACAAGAGGUUUACUUGGAAAUUAUGGACCAGUGCAAAAAAAUAAAAAAUAAUCUUUAUGAACUUUUAGAUAAAUAUCAAAGCGAAUAUAUUGAAGAUCCAACAACCAACUCUACCAACUGUUCAAUAUAUACCAACACUACAUAUGCAGUCACACUAGAAAUUAUUGUAAUGCUAAUUAAAAACUCAAAGGAUUUCAAUAAUCAAAUAAAGGCACUAGAUAUGAUUGACUCAAAGAAAAGAUCGAUAGAAUUAACAAAUAUCUCAACAAAACUAUUUUUAACCUCGCUAGUAUUAUUUCCAACCUUAAUAGAAUAUUUUGACAACGAUUUAAUUGAAAAGCAACAAACAUUCUCACCAAAAUUUACAGUAAAAACUCCAAAACUACCAAGUCCAUUAAAAAAUAUUAUAAAUGAAUCUGAUGAUGUAUUUGAGAAUGAAUUUGAAUCAAUAAAUAAUAAAACUGCAGCUAUAACAAUAAAUAAUGAAAAAGAAUUAAAUAAUUUACCAAUAAUAGUAGAAACAAGUAGUAAAAACAAUUCAUAUGAAAAAGAUGAUUUAGUUUUAAUCAUUAAUCAAAUUUUAACAAUUUUAGAACUUUUUAUAAAAGAAUAUACAAAAAGUAUUGGAAACAAUGAUAUUUAUAGUCCAUGCCUUCAACAAAGUAUACAAUCAUCAGCCUCAGAAAGUAUUUCACCAAAAUGUGGUUUAUUUUUAUCUCACUCUCUAUCAACAGACUCCCCAAUGACUUUUGUAAAAAGAAAUAUUACAUCCAGUAGUCCAAAUUCCUUUUCUUCAAACCAAAGUCCAUUAAACUCACAAUCACCAAGCCAUAUAUCAACCAAUCCAGCACCAACCCCCCCACCUAUCGUUAUACCUGUACCUGUAUCUACAACAACAACAACUACAACAACAAGUAAUUUAACUCUUAGCUCCACCUAUCAUCACCCACCACCAUUAUUUAAUAGAAAAUCAACUACUGGAUCCAUUGUAAGCUCACCAAACCAUUAUCAUCAUAUUGGUGGUAACAAUAAUCAAUCAGCAAUGUCACCAUCAAUGUUUUUUAACCACACUGGAUCACCAUCAAAACCUGGUAAUGCCAAUGCUUCAUCUGUAGGUAGUGCAGAAUCAACACCAACUUUUCAACUAGAUCUUUGUAAUACCAUGGAAAUGCUAAGUUCUCUUAAAGAAGGUAAAGAUAAAGAAAUGAACAAUGAUUUAUUAAUACCCAAUGGUGCCAAUGGAUUAAUUCCACAUAAAUCAAUUGGCAAAUCUUUUUCUACAGGCAAUUUUUCACCUACUGUUGGAAGAACAUCGUCUUUUGAAGAGAAUCAACUACAAACUGCAAUAGAUAAUGUUAUAGAGGUAUUUCCAAAUUUAACAAAGAAAACUGUUGAUACCAGUAUUUGGAUUGAAGAAGAAAAGGAAUUUAUUAAUGUCCAUUAUAUAAACAAUACCAACUCCGAAGAUAAAAACUAUAAAACAAUUAAACAUGCUUCACUUAAUCAAUUAAUACUAAAACUAACAAGUGAAACACAUACCGAAUUAAAAUUUGCCAAAACUUUUAUUACCACCUAUCGAUCUUUUACAACUGCCGAAAUUUUUUUAUCUAAAUUAAUUCAACGUUACUUUACCCCCAACCUAAGAAAUAUAACACCACAUAUUUUCAUACAAAAGAUUCAAACGCCAAUUCAACUACGUGUUUUGAAUGUACUCAGACUAUGGAUCGAACAAUACCCAGCGGACUUUCAUAAAGAGAUUUUAAAAACCCUAACAUCAUUUCUAAAUGCAACAAGAAAGAAUGGUCAUGGUCAAUUAAGCGAUUUAAUCUUAAAGAAAUUUAACAACACCAAGUCACCUGAAAGAUUAGUUGUACCAGCCGUAGUAGUUCCUAAACAAAAGAUAUUUUGGAAAAAAUAUACAUCCGAGUAUAUUUUCUCAUUAAGCUCAAACGAUAUAGCAGAACAAUUAACUCUUUUGGAUUUCGACUCUUAUAAAUCUAUUGAAGAAAUCGAAUUAUUAAAUCAGGCAUGGUCCAAACCAGAACAAAAAAUCAAUACACCAAAUAUUGUAAACAUGGUAAACCGUUUCAACAACUUUAGCUCAUUCGUUUCAUGGGCUAUUCUUAGGGAAAAUGAUGUUAAAACCCGUUCAAAAAUGAUGUUAAAAAUGAUUAAAAUAUGCUAUGCCCUUUACAAACUCUCAAAUUUUAAUGGUCUAAUAGCAGGUCUAUCUGGGUUAAAUACAACCGCUGUCUAUCGUCUAAACUACACCAAAUCCCUUAUAGCAAAACAGUAUCAAAAGAAAUUCGACUUGCUUUGUUCUUUCAUAGAGACUAAAAAAUCCCAUAAAACCUACAGGGAUUUAAUUCAUUCAACAUGUCCACCAUUGAUUCCAUAUCUUGGUAUCUAUUUAACAGAUUUAACAUUCAUAGAAGAUGGAAACCAAGACGAAAUCAAAGGUUUAAUCAAUUUUAAAAAAAGAGAUUUAAUUUACAAUACAAUUUUAGAAAUUCAACAAUAUCAACAACAAGGCUAUACAAUCAAACCCAAGAACUCAGUUUUAAGUUUCCUAUGUGAACUACCCUCUGUAAAUGAUAAAAAGAAAUUUGAAGAUGAACUUUAUGAACAAUCAAUACUACUUGAACCAAAAAAUUUUGUACCAAAAAAGUAAUAUUAAAAAAUAAUAAAAUUAAUUUUAAAUAAAAAAUAAAUAAUUUAUAUAUUUAUAUAUAUUAU